GUCCUUUCCAGGCUUACCGAGCCGGUGUGGUGCUCGUGUGUCACUGCCUCGUCUGGGAGAGUCGCUGCCGAGUGGGCGCUCGGUUUUUGGGUCGUCAUGGCUGGUUACGAAUACGUGAGCCCGGAGCAGCUGGCUGGCUUUGAUAAGUACAAGUACAGUGCUGUGGAUACAAAUCCACUCUCUCUGUAUGUCAUGCAUCCAUUUUGGAACACUGUAGUGAAGGUAUUUCCUACUUGGCUGGCUCCCAAUCUGAUAACAUUUUCUGGCUUUCUGCUCCUUGUAUUCAAUUUUCUACUUAUGGCAUACUUUGAUCCUGAUUUUUAUGCUUCAGCACCAGGUCACAAGCAUGUACCUGAUUGGGUUUGGAUUGUGGUGGGCAUCCUCAACUUUAUAGCCUACACUCUAGAUGGUGUGGAUGGAAAGCAAGCCCGUAGAACCAAUUCCAGCACCCCCUUAGGGGAGCUUUUUGACCAUGGCCUGGAUAGUUGGUCAUGUGUUUACUUUGUUGUGACUGUGUAUUCCAUCUUUGGAAGAGGAUCAACUGGUGUCAGUGUUUUUGUUCUUUAUCUCCUGCUAUGGGUAGUUUUGUUUUCUUUCAUCCUGUCUCACUGGGAAAAGUAUAACACAGGGAUUCUUUUCCUGCCAUGGGGAUAUGACAUUAGCCAGGUGAAGUUUGACUAUGAUGUACUGGCAUGGAUCCUCCAGUCACCUUCAGAUAUUUUAGAGAUACAUCCUAGACUCUUCUACUUUAUGGUUGGAACAGCCUUUGCCAACAUCACGUGUCAGCUGAUUGUUUGUCAAAUGAGCAGUACCCGGUGCCCAACUUUGAAUUGGUUGCUGGUUCCUCUCUUCUUGGUUGUCAUGGUUGUAAAUUUAGGAGUAGCCUCUCACAUUGAGAGUGUUCUCCUGUAUACAUUAACCACUGCUUUCACUCUGGCCCACAUCCAUUAUGGAGUACAAGUGGUAAAGCAGCUAAGCAGCCAUUUUCAGAUUUACCCCUUCUCAUUGAGGAAACCAAACUCAGAUUGACUAGGAAUGGAAGAAAAGAAUAUUGGCAUGUAAUCUACAGAAAGAAGUACUGUAAAUAGAUGCUUGUAAAUAUUUCAUCCAUCACCAUUGAACUAAACUGAUCUGCUUGACAGACAUGGGAUCUCAGUGUGUGUGGUACUUGGACAGCAGGAAUGAUACAUCUGAUCUGGAUUUGUGGAAUUUUGGACCUACUAACUCCCAGCUUAUUUUAUUUUAUUUUUUAUAAAACCAUGUGACAUUUUGGUUGAGCUAAUGUACAUUAGACCAGCAAAAUGUUUCUAGUGAUUUUAGCUUCAUGAGUCCAUAAUGUUUUGGUUCAUACAAAGUUAAAGAUGCUGUGUUUUUAUUUUUAAAACCUCAAAAUUGGUUUAGGAACACUGAUACUCAGAAAACCACAGUACAAGUAUGUUUUCACAUUUGGUACUUUAUAAUAGGUCUUUAGCUGUAGAAGCUAUCAACAACCCAAAUCUAAUAUAGGGAAAAGAUUAAAAACAAGUCACCUUCAGCAAGAGAUGCUACUGAUUACAGAACAACGUACAGUUGCCAAAUACUGGUUUUUCUUUCCCAUGGAAAUGCCUUUUGUCUUCACAUGCUAAGAGAGCAUAUACGUAUAUAUAUAAAAUAUAGAUUCUAUAGUAUUCUGGCUCUCAUUAAGGAACAGAUCUUGAUAAAUGGUUUAAUUUUCUUUUAAAGAGAAAUAGUCUAUUGAUACUUAGUAGAUAAUGGGUUGUAAUUAUAGCUCAUCCAGUGACAUGGUUAGUUGUUUCAGUGUGUCAUUUUUCCGCCUCAGCUGCAUGUUGCUGAGAUUUGGUGCCUGUGAGCUGUGAUUUUAAGAACGCAUGUGAUAGU